AUGGGAUAUGUUGGUGCACUAAACGUUGGAAAUUAUUUGAAGUCGAAGUUUCCAAAACCUUACAAGUUUAUUAUUCACUCUGUACUGAUGGCCCUUAGUCAUACUAAGGGAGGAUAUGAUACCAUGCGUGAUUACCAGAUGAACAUGGUUACUGCAUUGGUUCUGAACAAAAAGUAUAACUUCUCGCACAUUGUUUUUCACUACAUGGCUGAGAAUAUUACAACAAAGAGUCGGACUUGGUCUUAUCCAAUAUUCGUGCAGAUGCUGAUUGAUCAUGUAUAUCCAGAUAUUGAACGUGAUUUUAAGAAUGAUUUGUUAGUUCAGUCACACAUGAGCAACGAUUCUCUUAAACAGCUUGCAAGAUACCACCCAAACCAUCCUGAACCAAAAAUAGUUGCUGAAUUCUUCGGAUAUAUCAAAGAUGUGAACUACGUUGAUCCUGAUCUAGUUAAUCACCAAAACUGGAGAAAUGAAGAAGAAAUGAAGGAAGCAGCUUACGUUGAUGAGCUAAAAACUCUUGAAGAGUUCAAAACCACACGUAAUGACUGGUUUGUCAAAGAAACGAGGAGAAGAGGCAAAAAGCCAAAGAAAAAGCAAAAGAAAGUGGCAAAGACGUUAUUGAUUGAUGAGCCUGAGGUUGAAGAGCCGGUUGUAACUGCGGAAGAAGAUCCGUAUGCUGAUAUUGAUCAAGUGAUGUUAAAUGUUGAUGAUUUAGUGUCUGAGCAAGCAGCUAAUGUAGAAGCUGAAAAAAGAAGAAUUCAAGAAGCUACAGAGAAAGAGAAACAAUUAAGGAAGAGGAAGAGAGAGGAGAAAGAUGAUGCUGCAUAUAUACCAUCUCCUGAGCAUGUUUCUGAAUCACAAUCACCUUCAAGUGGUAAAAAGAAAGCCGGAGCAAGAAAAAGAAUUGGUCUUCAUAUUCCUCCGUAUAAUCUUGAAGAUAUUGGAGAUUUUGGUUUUGCAAAUGAUGAACAGGUGAAGAAGUUAGAAAAGAAGAUGGAUGAUGUAUUGAAUGAAAACAAAAUAGUUGCAGCUGAAAGCAAGAAGGUUGCUGAUCGUGAAAAGAUUCUAGAAAUGCAUGUGAAGAGAUUAGAGUCUGACAACAAAGCAUUACUGAAGAAGAUUGAUACAGAUCAGACUGAGAUUGAUUUCUUGAAAGUGCGAGUGGCUGAGUUGGAAGAAGAAAAGGCUCGCAGAGAUGAGCAGAACAAGUAUUUCGAGAUGAAAAACAAAGAGCUUGAGGCUGCGAAAGCAUUGAAAGAGCACGAGUUCUACAUGUUGAACAAAGUGGUUGAGAAUAUGCUUGGAACGUCAAUUGAGCAAAGAUUCGAAGAAAUACAAGUUGAAGAGCUUAGGGCUAAACGCCAAGCUGAGAUUGAUGAACAGAUGAAAGAUAAGGGAAAGGGUGCUGAAAGCAGUGUGGCAGUUGCUGAAAGUUCAAUUGUUCCAUCUCUAGUUAUUGAGAAUCCAGUUCCUAUAUCUUCUGUAUCAACAAUCUUUGAAGAACAUGAAGAUGACGAUGAUGAGAAAGUCUUUUCUGCUAGCAGUCAUGGUUCUGAUAAUGACGAUGAUGAUGCUCAAGGUGGUAUGGGAAUUAAAGUGACUGAACAGUCAAGUGAAAGGACUGUUGAUGAUUUUCUGAACGAUACUGUGAAUGUAGAGACAGGGGGAGCUGAAGGAAAGGGGGAGCUGAAGGAAAGGGGGAGCAUGGUGAUGAUCAGAAUGUUGAUCAAGUUGAGAAGCUGA